AUGUCGCGGAGGACGCUGGGUGGAGGUCGUGUUCUGGGCAACCCGAGUGCGCUCUCAUCAGCUCCGUCCCCGCAGCCGAAGCGGGUGCUCUCGCCGACCGCCAGCAGCGUUUCCCUUAAUUCACAGGCAUCCGCAUCACAGCUCUCGACAGAAACUCAGGAUCUCACUUCGCGCAUUUCAAUAGAGAAUGGCGAUACUUCGAUAUCUGCCGCCCCGGCUGCUCCGGGGGCAAAGCUCUCCUGUCCGAUCUGCAGUGAGGAGAUGAUGACUUUGCUGCAGCUGAAUAGACAUCUCGACGACAUCCAUCAGAACCUGGAAGAUAUCCGACAAGAUGAAGUCAAAGACUGGUUUAAGAUCCAAAUGGAAAAGGCAAGGAAAUUUCAGCCUCUGGCGGUCCUAAACCAGAAGCUGAAAGGCCUGGAUGUGUUCGAAUCAAACGAGAACCAGGGCGCGCCUCUCCCCAGCCGCCCAUUAGCACCCACGGGCAUUCCCGAAGCUCCAAAACUACUAGACCCCGAAGAUCUGAUCACAAAAGAACACUGGCAAACAAGUUGUAUAUACGACGAGUGCCUAGAACCAUCAUGCGGGAAACGAUUGAAUGCCACCAACGGCUGCGUGAACUGUCGGAGUUGCGGGAAACUGUUUUGUGAAGAACACACAAUGUACCAAAUGAAGCUCUCGCGGGCGGCACAUCAUGAACCGGUGCGAGGAAUAUGGGCUCGAGUAUGCGAAACCUGCUACAAGUCAAGGGAGGGGUACAAUGAUAAUAGUGGUAAGAACAUCGACUUUCCGGUUGUGAACAAAACUAAACAAGCAACAGGAGCCACGAGAAACCGGAUGGAGGUAUUCAAGUCAAUAAGGAAACAGACUGUCGAUAAGGAAUUUUUGGAGAUUUCCCGACUUGAGAAACGAUUGACCCGUCUCACUCAGAUGUUGGCUAGUCUGCCACCAGAUCAAAUACACCCCAGUGCAACAAAACUCUGGUCUCUUGCGUGGCAGAAUGAUCAGCGUAAGGAAAUAGAGCAAACGAUUGUCAGCUGGCAAGAUGAUGCCAGUGUGUCCCGAUGUCCGUUUUGCCAGCAGGACUUUUCGGGCUAUACGUUUCGCAGGCACCACUGCAGAACUUGCGGAAAAGUCGUCUGCGGUGAUCCUAGUACCGAGUGCUCUAGUGAGGUUGCGCUGAGCAUUUCUCCCGUCUCGACAGCCACCUCUGAAAAGACUAAUAGCGAUAACCUUGUCAACAUUGAUGUGAGGCUGUGCAAGGAAUGUAAAGCGACGCUGUUUGAUCGACGCGACUUUAAAGCAGACAUGACGCGAAAGCCACCGGAGAUUAGGGCCUAUGAAAACUUGAUCCAGUUUGAGAGAGGCAUCCGCCUUCAUUUGCCUAGAUUCCAAAAACUUUUGGCAGCUUUACAGGAUCCAAGGCGACCCCCAUCAUCGGCCCAGAUCGCAGAUGCAUCCAAGGUGCGCAAGCGACUCAUUGAUUCUUUUGCGCAGUAUGAUAUUGCAGCUCGACGUAUCCGUGACAUGCCGACCCAGUCCCCUACACAACAAAAGCUGCAGAAGGCUAUAUAUCAGCAAGCCAGCAACUUCCUUCACCUCCACAUGUUACCUUUGAAAUCCCUCCCCAAAAUCCUCAAGCAUACAACCCCCGCGUCAGAGAGAAUACCCAGCCGGACAAGCUCCCCGAGUACUCCGGUCAAUGGCUCCACGACAAGUCUCCGGCCUCCAGAGCCUGCCCUUGCAUCUAUCAAGUACAACAGCGUUGCCGCGAGCGGUAGCAAUACCAGCCUAGCCAGCGACACUAGUAGUGCCGUCUCAGCUCUGGAGGCAGAAGAAAAGUCCCUCCGAGACCGGCUGAUCGUGCUAGAAGAGCAAAAGUUCUUUGUGUCCGAGAUGAUCGCCGAUGCCAACCGGCGACGCAAAUUCGAUGAAGUGAGCAGCCUAGCGAUGAACGUCGAGGAUCUAAGCCGUGAGAUCGAUCGCGUCAGUGGCAUUCUCGCGGGUCUCGAUUUCGAAGGUGUUUACACGGGGAAUUUGCACCCAAGCUCUUAA